AUGGCACCAAAGACGAUUGGCGAAUACAAGUCGCGGAUCGAAUUCAGCAGCCUCAAUGCUCUAUACCGCGAGAGUAUCACUCUGCUCAGGGACGUAGGGAUCUACUACUUCUGGAUUGAUGCCCUUUGUAUCAUUCAAGAUGACAGAAAGGACUGGCGCCAAGAGGCAUCAAAGAUGGCCGAUGUAUACUCCAACGCUUACUUGACAAUCUCGGCUUCGGUCUCUGAGUCCCCAGACGAUGAAAUCAUCACGAACAUAUGUCGCCCCAGAGUGAGGGGUCCAGAACUCAGAAUUGACAGGCUAGGCAAACUGGUGGAUGAGACCUUCCAGUCAAUAGCCGUGGCAGCGCUCUCACGAUCGCCCGAUGAUCCUGACUUCGGCGCCGACGUUCAGAACGCACAAGGCGCAGGAUCUCCCAAUGCCGAAGCUGAAGUAGGAAUGACAGGCCCAGAAUCUGGGCUGGAUAGACUUUUCGACGUGGAUUUGGGCUCACUGGCCACACGCGGAUGGUGUCUUCAGGAACGCUGUCUGUCUCGCCGAAUCCUACACUUCGGGGAGGCGCAGAUGCACUGGCAGUGUCUUGAGGCGCAGUUGAGUGAGGAGCCCCAAGAUGAGGACCGUGUUAAGUUGCUGGCGCGGCACUACAGUCUUCUGCUGCCUUCUUCUUCGCAAUUUAUCCUCCGCAAGGACAUGCCCCUUGACGAUCCCUACGACCUUUGGUACAGGAUCAUGGAAGAUUACAAGCGAAGACUCAUGACAAACACAAACGACCGCAUUCCAGGCAUUCUGGGUCUGACGCAAGUUUUCAGAGGCGCGACAAGAGCCGUCGAAACCGCGACAAAAGCCCGUGGCCAUGAAGACACAAUGGUUUGUGGUCUGUGGAAAGGGGACCUGGCGUUCGGUCUGCUCUGGAAAAUAUCACACAAAGAUGUCGAAGGGUUUUUAAACAAUAAGAUGCCUUCGUGGAGCUUUUUGCGGACGAAUGCACGUGUUUGGUGGCCUCUGAACCGUUACGGGACUCGCAAGAACACAACACUCGCCGUAGAUAUCCAGGACCUGGAUGUUGACGAAACAAAAAACUUGAUCAAGCUGCGGGGGAAGCUAAUCCCGAUUCCUCGGUCAAUGCCAAAGGCGGAUGGGUCCGAUCAGGUCAAUCUAGGGUGGGCUGAGAUCGGCUGGGAUUUUGACCCAUUUCGAGAGGAAGACCUCCCAUCGAAUGAUGAUGAACUGAGACGCUUGCUCUGGUUUUGGGACCACGGGGAAGAGAAAAUGCCAGUGGGUACUAGCGACGGGGAUACUGAUGACGGGAAGUCUGACGACGGGAGCAAUGGCGACGGGAAUGCUGAUGAUGUAAAGGUUAAUGAUGGGAACGCCGACGAGAGGAGUGAUGGCGACACGAGUACUGGCGACGGGAGCAAUGGCGACGGGAAUGCUGAUGAUGUAAAGGUUAAUGAUGGGAACGCCGACGAGAGGAGUGAUGGCGACACGAGUACUGGCGACGGGAGCAAUGGCGACGGGAAUGCUGAUGAUGUAAAGGUUAAUGAUGGGAACGCCGACGAGAGGAGUGAUGGCGACACGAGUACUGGCGACGGGAGCAAUGGUGAUGGGAAUGCUGACGAUGUGAGGGCUGAUGACGGGAGCUCUGACGAGAGGAGCACUGACGACGGGAGCUCUGGUUAUGGGAGCGAGGGCGACGGGAGCGAGGGCGACGGAAAGACUGAUGACGGCAACAGUCAGAUAUCUCUUCGGAGAAAUAUUUGGCUUCUGAUGGUGGUGACGCCAAAUGAGCAGGAUUUUGGGCAUGGUUUGCUUCUGUUGGAAACGGAAACCAAAGGCACGUACCAUCGCGUGGGCUAUGUCUUGAUUGGAAAGGCUCGGGCAGGCAAGGAGCCUUUCAGCAAAGUCGGAAGACAGGCGAUCAUUAUCAAGUGA